GGAGUGCUCCCAGCUCCAGCCAGGACUGUGCCAGCUUCCCAGAGCUGCAAAUACAGCAGGCUUAUCCUCCAGGCCUGAGCUGAGCUGCACAGGAAGUGGCCAUGAAGCAGAUGCUGUUCCGGUUUGGUGUAGUCAUCACUUUGAGUCAGCCAGACACUGAACUGCUGGUGAUUGGAUCACGAGCGGAGAUGGGAGCCUGGGACCCUAGGUUUGCUGUCGCAAUGAAGCCAACUCGCUGUCCUUUAUCCACAACUGAACCAUCGCUAUGGGUGGGGGAGGUACUACUGGAAGAACCAUAUACUGACAACUUUUGGUUCAAGUUUAUCAAAAAAGAAGUCGGAGUCCUACUUUGGGAAGGUAAUGGGCCGCAUUACGACCGCUGCUGUGUUUACAAUGAGAGCAACAUAGUGGAUGGAGUUUAUUGCUACCCAAUAGGUCAUUGGAUUGAAACUACUGGACAUACUGAUGAGAUGAAGCACACUACGGACUUCUACUUCCACAUUGCGGAUAAUCAGGCCAUACACUUCUCCAGAAUACUGCCUAAUAUCUAUCUGGGAAGCUGCCCUCGUCAGCUGGAACACAUCACAAUAAAGAUGAAACAUGAAUUAGGAGUGAGCGCUGUCAUGAACUUCCAGACUGAGUGGGACCUAGUGCAGAAUUCAAAAGGCUGCAAUCGGUAUAAUGAACCUAUGAGUCCAGAUACUAUGUUCAAGUUAUAUAAAGAAGUUGGACUGACGUACAUAUGGAUCCCCACACCCGAUAUGAGUACAGAAGGUCGAGUUCAGAUGCUGCCACAAGCUGUGUAUCUCCUGUACGGGCUUUUGGAAAAUGGCCACACAGUGUAUGUUCAUUGCAAUGCAGGGGUUGGCAGAUCCACUGCUGCAGUAUGUGGUUUUCUCAUGUAUGUGAUUGGUUGGAGCCUCCGAAAGGUGCAGUACUUUCUUGCCUCUAGAAGACCAGCGGUGUACAUUGAUGAAGAGGCGUUGACACGCGCUGAGGAAGAUUUCCAUCAGAAGUUUGGUCAGCUUCGUUCUACUGUGUGUGUAAUGUAGCACACAGUUGUCUAACUCAUAUACUUUAGGAAUGCAGCAUUUGUUGCAUGUAGAUGUUUCAAAUGGGUAUGGUAUACAAGGUAGACAGUUAAAAAAUAGAUGGUCAUUAGGCCGACACCAUAAGGUCGACAGGGUCAAAAGUCCAACAAGUCCAAAGGUGGACAGGGUUAAAAGAUCAAACACACACACACACACACACACACACACACACACACACACACACACACACACACACAAGAAGUGUUAUUUUGUUUUAUUAAACAUGUUUGGGCUCGCCACAAGGUCCUAAAGGUAAAAGUUUGUGACAUUGAUAGUUAAUGAAAAAUAAAAGUUGUAAAGGCAUGAAAAAUUCUAACAAAAAAUAUGUCGACGUUGUCGACCUUUUGACUUUCAGACUUUUAACCCUGUUGACCUUUUGACCCUGUCGACCUAAUGACUGUCUAUCUUUUAACUGUCUAUCAACCGCUUUCCAUUUCAAAUAGUUUUGUUUUCAAACUCUUCUUAGUUAAUUAUUAGAAGUUAUAAAGUACAAUAUGAUAAGAAUAAUAUAAAACCAAUCUUUUUCAAGCUGUUGCCCUUUGUGCACAUUAAAAUUAAUAACAAACCUUUAAUCCUCCUUAAAUGUGCAAAAAGGGUGCGAAGGAAAGGACGUUGGUGGAUUCUCAAGGGCCAGGGCAGUUUACCACCAGAUGGCUAGGUACUAAAAUGGAAUCACUGAGAAAUCAUCUUGGUUGUUCAAUAACAGUAGAACCUUAGAUACUGACAACAACUUUUGACUUCAAAUCAAUUGAUUCAUAUUGUAGGAUACAAGUCAGAAUAGUAGAAAGCUGGUUCUUCCCAUAUAAUAUUUCACAGAAUUAUCUUUGUGCACCUAUUGGAGAAUUUGAGAUACUGUAGUGUAUGUGGUCCUAUUUGAUUACUAACAUUAUGUCAGGUGUGGUUAAACAUUAAGGUGCUCAAAUAUGUAUGUCUGUUUUGUGUAUACCUUGUUUUUGUGUAGUGUGGUAUAAAAUGAGGACAUUGAGGAUUUCAACAUUCAGAAUGUCAAUAUUUUCUUAAUGUCAACAUUGUGACUGACCAUAUUUGGCAUGUUGACCAUGUGGAUUUCCAUAGGCAAGAUGAGUAUCCCCAAACUUGACCCUAAACCUAACCAGAACCUAACACUAACUCUGUAAUCAUAAGAAAUUCGCCUGUCAACAUUCACAAUAUUGACAUUACAGUAUAUUAUGUCCACAUUCUGUCAUUGUCAACAUUGUAAAUGUCAACAUUAUGAAGGUUUGCCAUGUUUGUGUAUUCUCUGUUUUUAUGUAUUCUCUCUUCCAAACUGUCCGGCACUGGGAAGCACUGUAGCACAUUAUUAAUGGAACAUUUUCAUAGUUUUAGUUAUCCUAAACAUCCCUGAGAUCUUGCUCGCAUUGAUGGGCUUCUAACAGGAUAAAUAAAUGCACAUACAGUACAGUACAGCACAGCAUAGUUGGUGGAGGCCGAGAACGCAUUGCAGACAAUCGGCUAUUGUCAAACAUAUCAUAAUACAGACUGGGUGGAUUGUAUGUCCCAGAUGCAGCUUGGUCAGACUGGACAUUCUUCAAAGUGUGGAUCACUAGAUCAACCAUAAUUAGGUCAACAAUCACUAGGUCGAUAGGGUCACCUGGUUGACAUGUAAAAGGUGACACCUGAAAAGGUCAACAGUUACUAAAGAUCGACACAGUAAUGGUUGACAGUUUAUUUGUACAUUAAACCAUGUAAAAACCAUAGACUGUUGACCUAUUUACUGUCGACCUAUCAUCUGGAUACCCUACAAGGACAUGUACAGGUCAUCUUUCAUGAGCAGCAUACCUCAUCCAGUUUCCAAGGGGAAAUGCCUCCAAAUCACAAACAGCCAAACUACAGUAUGGCGGCUGAUCAUCAAUACUUUCCCACCUAUGUGUGCUUCAAAUGUUAACAAUAAAUGAGAAAACAGAAAUCAAAGAAAAACAUUAUAGUAUAAACAAAAUAAGCUAAAAAGAAACCUGCAGAACAAACAACUGAAACACGUGGUGGGAAGCUCUCCCACAACCCAUCUAUUUAUCUUGAUCUAUGCCCCACACCCACCCCGCCACAUACACAAACACUUUAUAUUGACCAGUACAGCAGUAAGGGACACGUCAAUCAACCUGACCUCUGGUAUGUGCACCAGUGGCCACUGGAGGCCGCCACACAGAACAAAUGAAAAUGAAAGUGAUUAUGCAGGGAGAUGUUACAGACUGCUGGUCUGACUGUUUUACACUUGCGAGAGGGUGCUGGAGAGAGAAAGAGUUUGGGUAGGGGUAGGUUUUUGGUGUGACAGUUGCCAUAUAUAACAACCUUUUAUAUUCAAAAUUGACUGGAUUUUCUAUCCUUUUUGUUGAUUUCCACUUACGAUUACAUUAAUCUAACUCUGCUCUUCACCUUUGUGGUGCUGCCAGCAGCCACUGGAGGGACAAGGACACACACACACCCUAUGUACACUGCACCCUCCAAAAUAUACUGCCCCUAUAUACACACUGCACCAUCAUACCCCUCCAUAUAGUGCCCCCUAUACACAGGGCACAACCCUCCUCCAUAUACUGCUACCACCAUAUAACGCAUACUCAACCCCCUCCUCCAUAUACUAUGCUGCAACUCCAGGUUGGGAUCCGGCAACAAGUAGCAGCAGUAACCAGGAAACAGAUGUAGGAACCACCAGACGGUCCUGCAGCACUCAGAGUGAAGACAUUGGGGACAUGUGUGUCCACUUACCAGCAGGGGGAGAAAGUGAAUCAGUCUGGCAGGAAGGGGUAAGACCCUAUGUAAGGUGAGCAGUGCGAUGACCGGGAGGAGGAGGGCUUGGGGCUGUGGCUGCAGAUGAUGUGAGUGAGGAGGCAGAUAAUCGGGUCAACUGCCUUAUACAUACUGCACGCUAGUGGAGCGGUGGGUUCCUGUGCUUCCCCCUCCCACACCCCACACAGGCCAUGCCCAGACCCCUCCAGCCAGCUUCGGGUGGCUACUGGUGUCCUCUACCCCCAGAUUGGGUAAGGGCUGUGCGGGGACUGGUGGGCUUACGCAUGCCAGUACUGGUGUAUAUAGUGCAGCAUCAUUAUAGCCUGCCCAUUACAGAUACAGAGCAUCUAUAUAUAUAAAAGGCUAACCCUACACCCAUGACAGAGCCCCAGCUCCCAGCAGCAGGACUUCAGGAAAGUCGAUAGCUCCUGUGUGAGUAGCGAGAUUCCCCCUAUAAUCCUGCCCUGGUGUCCAUCAUUUUGAUGGGCUUUUAACUAGUCAGAUAUAAAGAUUUAAGGCAUCCCCAUAUCCAGGGCAUUAAGUGUCUUUGAGCUUAGGCAGCACUCAGUUGUCUUAAGCCAUCUAAUAGUUGAUAGACGUCUAAUAGGACAUACUGAGUAUAAAACCAUGAUAAACACUUCCCCCUCUAAACUAAGUACAUGUACAACAUACAGUAGUUGGUUGUAAAGUUCACAGCUUUUUUUAAUUGAAUAAUAAAGACUGUUGAGUGCAGAUGAAAGUAAUCAAUUACAGCGGAACAUAACAUAAUACACAUGGGGCAGAUGGUAUGCCAGAGAUUAAACUUAUCUCUGUGGGGAGAAUAACCCCCCUGAAUUGGCCAGACUGGAUGCUCCUCAAGGACACGCCCAGGGCCAUUCUCAAGAGCAAUGCUUUUCCACUAUCAAUCCAUUGUUCUAAUGGGAUCUCAGCACGCCACCCAUGUGACCUACACCAAUCAACUACAGAAACUAAAACAGCUACUGUAGAAACAAGUCUAAGCCAACCUUACUUCCGGUCAUAUCCCAUUAUGGACAUUGACAAGUUCACCAAUUGAGAAGAGGUAAUAGAAGGAAAAAUAUCAGCUGCUAAACAACCAUUGCAGGACAGAAGGGUAAUACUGUCCACUGUGUUAUUUUCUUCUAAUUAUGUUGAGCACUUUUUUUUAAAUAUUUUAUGCAGUUUA